AAUGGCCCCAAAAGGCCAAAAACACGUGUGCAUCAGCCGGCUGGUCUUCAGGUUCCCAGCACUCUACCCUGCAGACGUGAGGGUCCCUGCACGCGUGUUCCGGUUUGGGCCCUCGGUGCCAAAAAUCUUUCCCUAUCACUGGUCUAGGUGUGUUUUUUUCAAAUUGUUUUAGGCGGUUUUCCAAAAGAGAUGAGGAAAUUCUUUCUCCUCUCCCCAAAAAGCCAGAGAAAAGUCCAUUUUGGGAAAAGGCUUCAGGUUUUCAACAUUUGUCAACAUUUGCCUUUGAACAAAGGUUCAGCUGUGCACUGGAUCUUUUUUUCUCCCCGUGAUGCAAUCAAGACAGGGGAAUUUUCACCAAUGUUUUUGGGAAAUGUUUUUGAGGGCAGGAACUUUCUCCCAGCACUCAUAUAUAUAUAUAUAUAAGAGAGUAACUGCUGGACACAGCAGACCAAAAAGAGGGAGAGAAGCUGGCAGACAUUUGGUUUGGAGACAGAGACAUAGGAUGAAGCCUCCAACUCCAACUCUUCUGAUCGCCUGCCUUGUGAUGUCCCUCAACAGCUACACCCAACAGGUCCCUCACUGCCUGCCCCUUCCCGGCACAGAAAAGAUGGGUUUUAUCUGCAAUGUUUCAUCGCUCCAUGAAUUUCCCAAAGGCUUCCCCAGUGAAACCAAGACAAUCUCCGUUCAGUCCACCCAGAUCUCUGGCCUUGACACAGAGGCCCUGCAGGGUCUUCCGGAGCUCCAGGUGCUCUAUCUAAUGAACAACCAGUUGAAGACUCUUCCGGGUGGCCUCUUCCAUAACCUCCCACACCUGCACUCCCUGGAUCUUUCCGGAAAUCUCCUGGAAGAUCUAGCUCCAGCGCUCUUCGCCAAUGCAAGUAGCCUGGCCUACUUAGCCCUCGGUGGAAACCAACUGGCCGAACUGCGCCCGUCCUGGUUCGAUACCCUGGAGGACCUCAAGAUCCUGCGCCUCGACCACAAUCAGCUGAAGGAGAUCCCGGAUUCUUGCUUCCGUAAGCUGACCCUGCUGACGUCCCUGGAUCUCUCCUCCAACCUCCUCCGCUGCCUCUCUCCAGAGAUGUUCAGAGGCCUCACGUUUUUAACGGUCUUAACUCUGAAAAACAACCCCAUCCAGUCGAUUGCCCCUAACACCUUCCAUGGGACUCCCACGCUGUGGAUCCUGUCACUGAGGAACACCAGCCUGACCCAUGUUCCGGCUGGGCUCUUUCGGUCCUUGAAGCAACUGGGACGGUUGGAUCUCGCCAGCAAUGAUAUUGUCUCUCUGGAUUCUCCCUUGGUCAACGUAUCUUUUUUGUUCACACUCGAUCUCUCCGGGAACCCCUGGGCGUGUGACUGCCGCCUGCAUGCCCUUUUCAACUGGGUCCAGAAAGAGCGGGUGGAUUUGUUCUCCAAAGAGGACGUGGUCUGUGCUUUCCCCAAACGUUUGAAGGGUCAAGUUGCAACUUCACUUAACGGAUCCCAACUUUGUGCCUGCUAAAGCCUUCGAGACGGAUCUUUUCCCAGCCUGCUCAGCUGGUGUGUUACAAGAUGGAUGGACUUCAGUUCCUAGAAUUCCUGGGCCGGCAUGCUUUCAGAUGAUUGGACUUCUAUUCCCAGAAUCCCCCAGCCACCAUGCAUGGACUUCAACUCCCAGAAUUCCUAGGCCGGCAUGCUUUCAGAUGAUUGGACCAGUUCCCAGAAUCCCCCAGCCAUCAUGUAUCGACUACAACUCCCAGAAUUCCCAAUGAGCCUGCUGUCAGAUCUGUUAAAAAGAAUGAAAAAGGGAAAAAUGGUGUAGCAAACAAAGCAAUAAAAGAAAGAAAACAAGAUAAUUAAACACCAAUCAGAGAAAUUAAGCUAAGUUUGAUUUUCUUUUCAAUAUUAGCCAAACUUUUCUCUUUCAGAUUUUUUCAGCAUUAGAAAUUUCCCUCCCGCCCCUUAUUCUGAAUCCAAAAAUCACCCUUAUGAUUGUCUCAGCCUCCCCAUGGUCCCAUGAUAAAGAUUCAGAUGCUUGGCAACUGACUCGUAUUUGUGACGGUUGCAGUGUCCCGGGUUAUGGGAUCUACUUUUGCGAGACUUUCAAGAGCAAAGUCAAGGGGGAAGCCAAAUUCACUUAACAAUCGCUUUUCU